GCCGGCUCCGCCAUGGCGGCGGCGGCGUGCUGAGGGGAGCGCGGCGCCGCCAUGUUCGCGCGGGCGCUGCGGGUGCGGGGCCAGACCGCCAUCAAGGGCUCGGAGCGGAGGAAGCUGCGGGCCGAUGUGGCGGCCGCUUUCCCCAGCCUGGGCGCGGAGCAGGUGUGCGAGCUGGUGCCGCACAAGGAGGAGCUCAGCGUGGUCAAAGUGUACUCGCACCGGGGAGACGCCGUCACGCUGUACGCCCGCGGCAGGACCCCGGUCCUGUUUGAAAUGGAGAAAACCCUGUAUCCAACCGUGUAUACUCUGUGGUCUUACCCAGAUCUUCUCCCUGCCUUCUCAACAUGGCCCCCCGUCUUACAGAAGUUGGCAGGAGGAGCAGAUCUCAUGCUGCCAGGAGUGUUGGUGCCAUCAUGUGGGCUCCCUCAGGUACAGCAGGGCACUCUCUGCGCCAUUACCCUCGUGGGGAACAGAGCCCCCAUAGCAGUAGGAGUUGCCACCAUGUCCACUGCAGAGAUGCUGGCUGCUGGAAUGAAAGGGAAAGGCUUCACUGUACUGCAUACUUACAUGGAUCACUUAUGGGGCUUUGGAGACAAAGCUUACCCACCCACAAUAGCUCCGCUGGUGGCGGAUCCUGUAGAGGUGGAGAACGCUGACCAGGAGGAUGGUGAUGAAGAGGAGGAGGAAGAGGAACUUGACGGCAACCUUCCUGCAGACCCAGCAACGCAAACGGACAUCAGCAGUUUGAGCCUUCAGGAGGGAGAUGGUUGCAUGCGGCUGACAGAAAAGGAGGCAACACGUGACAACGAUGCUGCUGAUACAGCUGAGGAUGAGAACAUGGAGGCUCAGACGGAUGCUGAGGACAGCAGGACACCAAGAGAGCAAAUGGAUGAAUUGUUUCAUCAGUGCUUUUUCCAUGCUUUGAAAUGCAAAGUGAAGAAGUCAGAACUCCCCCUGCUGACCAGCACCUUUCUGCGAAACCACAUGUUCCCCUGCUGCCCAGAAGGACAACAACUGGACAUAAAGAAAUCAAGCUACAGAAAGUUCUCCAAGUUUUUGCAGUGCAUGCAGCAGAAGAACAUCCUGCAAGUGAAGGAGCUGAACAAAGGUGUGGAGAGCAUAGUGGGCGUAGACUGGAAGCACCCAGACAUUAAGUCGUUCGUGGUGCCCGAUGGGUUUUCCCCAGUGUCGGCCACCCCAGAGAGCAAGUGUGGAGAUGGAGAGCCACUGUAUCACCCUCCUGACAUAGUCCCGCUCUAUGGUGUCUCGAUGAAGAUGGCCCCGCUCUUCCAGGAGUCUGGACACAAAAAAGGCAGCGUCCUCUCUAGCAGCGACGUGAGAAGCAUCAUCAUCGACUACGUAAAGACCAACGAGUUGGUUGAUGAAACAAACAAAAACUUUGUAAAGAUCAAUCCCAUCUUGUGCGACUGCCUGUUGGAUAAAGCGGAGCAAGACAAUAUCUCAAAGCUCAAAUGGGACGAUCUCCUGAGCAGGUGCCUGGCGCAACUGCAGCCCUUCCACCAGGUGACGUUUUUUGGACACAAACCCAUCGUGAGGAAAGGAAAAGGCUUUCCCAUUGACAUAACCAUAGCUCAGAGGUCAUCCAAUAAAAAGGUGACAAUUAUUAAGAACCUUGAGCUGUAUGGCCUGGACCCCCAAUCUGUUGCCACCACUCUGCAGCAAAGAGUCCAGGCCAGCGCCACUAUUAGCCCGCUGCCUGAGGCCAAGGAUCGUGUACAGGUCCAGAUCCAAGGCAACCAGAUCCACCAUCUUGCCAAGCUGUUGCUAGAAGAAUACCGGCUACCUAGGAAGUACGUGCAAGGUCUAGAGAAGGCUCCGAAGCUUGGCCGGAAGAAGUAAAACGCCCCUUGUAAGAAAUAUUCCUAUCUCCUUAUUUAUACAUGGGUCUGCCUACACAAGGGAAAUUCUGGACCCUUUCAUUCAAAGGGGAGUCCUGCCAGUGACUUCAGCAGGGCCAGAGUUUCACCCAAAGAUUAAAAUUGCUUUAGCUGUUCAUUUUUAAUAAAAAUGAAAAAGCACUUAAAAGCCUUA